AUGAAUUCUCAUACUUUUGAUAUCCACCCUUUGCAGCGAUUUGCUGGCUCGAAUGCUGCAAUCCGACGCCCAAAGGAAAUCGCAUGUUUCUCCUACGACGAUGACCAUAAUUUCCUCCUUGAUGAGUCGUCCCUCCGUUAUUACUAUCCUCCUCGCCUACCCGUGGACCUGAACGGUGGGUUCGAAACCUUCAAAAAGCUCGACGAUUCGGCAGAUGAACAUCUAGAUGCGCUACUCGACACCAUUAUCGCACUAGAGAAGAGCACAGGUGCGAAGUGCGAGGCCGAUGUGAUAACAUGGAGGGGCAUGAUGACCAAGUUAAUGACUGCUUCAUUUGACAAUUGGAACGGCUUCGAAAUGAAUGCUACAUACUAUCAAGGCUCUAUCUUUAUCGAAGAGAACAACGAAUACAAGAAUGCUCAGAAAAAGAUACAACUAGAGCAAAGAAUGCCACCGGGGGCUCCCUCUCAGGACAGGAUGAUGUACUGGGGUUAUAAGUUUGAAACUUUAUCGCUCAUUGAUGAGCCCUGGGACGCCGUGUCACGGGAAACGAUCGAGUCGCGAGAACACAAGAUUGUGAACAAUAAUUCCCAAUAUUGCUCUGUCGUACGUACCGGUAUAGGAGGCGUGAAAUUGGUCAUCGGCGGUGAAGUCGAUGCAGUAUGGGAUUGCAAACCGGACAGAAAAGAUGAUCCAAUAAAUUGGGUAGAACUGAAAACAUCUGCGGAGAUUCGCAAUGAUAGAGAUAUGCUAAAAUUUGAACGGAAGCUUCUCAAAUUUUGGGCGCAAUCAUUCCUUCUUGGAGUCCCCAAGAUAGUUGUUGGGUUUCGAAAUGAGCACGGCAUUUUGCAACGACUUGAAGAAUUUCAAACUCACGAGAUUCCCGGAUUUGUCAAGAGGCAAGGAAGAGGUAACUGGGAUGGAAACAUCUGCAUCAAUUUCACGGCUCAACUACUUGAAUGGAUUCGGGGUAUAAUUAACACCGAAGGUAUGUGGAGGAUAAGGAGAGUGGAGAAAGCUCCUGUCAUUGAGGUUUUUAAGCUGGAGGAUUCUGGACACGGUGGAAUUUUAUCGGAUGCUUUCAUCGAAUGGCGCUCACGGAAUUGAACUCGACAACAGAUAUUUGUAUCAUUAUGUCUCAAAUUUUCGUCUUGAUACCCAUACUAUGCGUUUUGGCGUCUUUAGCAAUCCUCUUGUGCGAGGCAGUUCCUGUGCAGGUGUCCUUUGAAUAUCUGUUGGUCUACGCAACACAGUGGCCGAGCUUUUCCGAAAUUAGGAAGAUCCCACACAUCCAGGAAGCCGCUAGGGUUUCUAGCCAGAAGCUUGGACCAGUGAUCCCAAAAUUUCCGUUGGAAACUUGGCCCGUGAUUUGGCUUUUGUUGGGCAUCUUACGUCGCAAGACCGAGAUGACCAGUAUAUUCCGUAUGUGCUAAUUCCUCACUCAUCCCUCUGAAGCUCCUCGUAUGCGCUUAAAGUACUCCUCCCGUUGCGCUCUCUUUUCCGCAGCCUUGACUGCAUUCUUAUGCCGUCUUCCUGCCAUAUGGAUCUCCCACUGCCUUUCAGUCAUAGCCGCUGCAUUGCAGACAUCACAGGUCUUGCGUUUGAUUUCCAUAUCAUCGCUAGAAGAUUGGGCCUCUCGUUUCUUAAGUUCAAACACCUUUCUUGCGAUCUCCGAUAUCUCAUUUGGGUGCGGCCGAGGGUUACCAGAGAUGAAAGCUUCGGCGACCUUUUCAGCAGGUAAACGAACUGCCCUUUUCCAAUCAUCCACGUUUGUCGAAUCGAGAAUAUACAAACGGUCAGUAGCGUUAGCUGAUUCCAGCGAAUUCCACAGUCUGCCUUGGAUCCAUUUGAUCUGGCUACGGGAAUAUUGUCUGGUGGCUGAUUUGACGAAUUCAACGCGUUCUUUUUUCAGCCCCUGGAGUUCCUCGGGCGACAUCUGGCCGGAAGAGAGAGCACUGAUAUAAGGAUCCAAUUCUUUGAAUCCGAUAGAAACCCAAACGCCCCUGGUCCUAUCGAUAUGAACACCUUCAGACUCUUUUUCCUUAAGGUAAUUAAACAUAUGUUUCGCCUCGCUUAAUAAGCCUUGGUCGAUCAUAGCAUCCACUCGAUCAUCUAGCCUUUGAUGAAGGAUGUCUCUAUCACUAUGAACCCAGAAGAGCAGUGUCGGAAAUCUCAAAUGCCCGGUUUCCCCAUCUUCACACACAUCGCCACUGGCACGAUGCUGUUG